AUGCAGGCUGUUUCAUCAAAAUUUGGACACAUCCUCAGGUCCGCGUGUUUGUGGAGAAGUCAAUUCCCAGCUUCAUGGUUUUCGUGCAGGCUGCAGUCUUCGAUUUCCGAGUCUACCGAGAAUGCCCAGCACAACACUGUGGACAACUCGUGCACCCUUAAAGUGUAGAUUUGACUAUUUCGAACAAAACUCAUUUGAAUUCAGAGCUGGCCAAAGCAUUGUCGAUGAAAAGGGUUUAAACGCUAUUUACGGUACACAGGCGUUUCACGAAUUGCCAAUUGUGCAUGUAUACGCCACAAGGAACAACACAAAAAUAUCCCUCACAGAUUGUAAUGGACGAUGUCUGUGUGGUACUACUUGCGGAACUGAAGGUUUUAGGAACGCCCGCAAACAGACCACUGUCGCAGCCCAGACUGUGGGCAUUUCCAUCGGACUUAAAGCGCAAAAGUUAGGGAUCUCUGCUGUUCGCGUUAAACUGCGUGGACUUGGUGUGAAUCGAGUGGUAAGCACUUUGUUUUCUGUCUGCUUCAUCCGCCUCAGUCUACUCUCUCAGGUAUGGUUCUGUCUGGCCUGAAAAUAGUUUCACUGACCGACGAUACUCCAAUUAAUUACGGAAUGGGCCGAAGACCUAAGAAAACUCCUCGAAAAUGA